AUGAGGAGCAUAUUGGAUGAAGUGAUUUUGGAAACGCGCAGCACCCCUCUCGAAAAUCGACCGCGACUUCCCUGCAUACCCCUAAGCAAGCGAAAUCGGGCUAUCGUGAUGGCUCUUAACCCAAUGCUGGUGACCUAUUUGGAAGCCAGCCGGGACAUUUGCGAGACGGACUCAAUUAUUUUUGGCGCCGCAUUGGCAGUUUGCCGUAUUACUGGCGCCAAACUUCCCAUGGCUGGACGCGUUACUAGACAAAGUAGCGCCAUCCCAGCCUGGAGAAAAAGAAUCGAGGACCGUAUCGAAAAGGCAAGGACCCUUAUCGGCAGACUGACAAGCUUCAGGUCGGGUAAUAAUAUACCGAGGAUUGUGCGCACCGUUAGGAUGGCGUUUGCUGGGACAAAUAUCAGUUUGUCUCAGGCGGAUAUCACGCGGAAACUAACGAAGCGCAUUAUUAGACGACCUGAAGCAAAAGAUCGCUGCUUGGGAGAAGCGGAUUCGACGAUUUACCGAGAGAUUAAGGCAGUUUAA